UCUGUGUAUAUAUAUAUGGCCCCUCUCUUCGCCCCACGGUUCAGUAACCAAAGAACACUUCGCCUCGCCCUCCACCACGCUUCAUCGGUUGUGGUUCAAAGGCAAAAGUCGUGUGAGAUCAUGGGCGCCUUGGAUCACCUCUCUGAUUUGUGUAGCAUGACGGAGACAAAGGAAGCCCUCAAGCUCAGGAAGAAGCGCCCACUGCAGAGAUUUAUGGGUUUUUCACCGUUCUGUUGAGCUGCUAUGUACGUGAUUUAUGAACUGGAGCUUUUUAUGUACAGACGGUGAACAUCAAGGUGAAGAUGGACUGCGAGGGCUGCGAGAGGAGGGUCAAGAACGCCGUCAAAUCGAUUCGGGGUGUGACGAGCGUGGCCGUGAACCCCAAGAUGAGCAAGGUGACGGUAACGGGGCACGUGGAGCCGCGCAAGGUGCUGGAGCGGGUGAAGAGCACGGGGAAGGCGGCAGAGAUGUGGCCGUACGUGCCCUACACCCUCGCCACCUACCCCUACGUCGGCGGCGCCUACGACAAGAAGGCACCGGCGGGCUUCGUCCGCAGCGCACCGCAGGCCAUGGCCGACCCCGCCGCGCCUGAGAUCCACUACAUGAACAUGUUCAACGACGAGGACGUCAACGCCUGCACCGUCAUGUGAUCUAAUCAUCGUAAUCACCAGCUCCUUCCACUCUAGCCGACGCCCAGCCGCCCAGCGGGAAGACAUAUCAUGUCUUCAUGCAUCACAAAGACUGUAUUUGUAUAUAGUAUAUGUUUUCUCGCUUGGGAAAAGGGGAUACCAAGAAGACGAGCUUGCGUGCGAAUAGCUAUAAUAUACUACUCCCUCUGUAAGCUAAUAUAAGAGCAUUUAGAUUACUACUUUAAUGAUCUAAAAGCUCUUAUAUUAGUUUACGGAAAAAGUACUACAAAGAAAGAGCUAAAGUUUAAUAAGCGUACAUAACUACUCCCUCCGUUUCAAAAUAGAUAAUCCAACUUUUUAGCACAUCUUGUUGCGCCGUUUUUCGAUUAUGAGAUUGAUGCAAUCACCCAUUUUCAUA